AGCUGUGAAAUUAGCGAUCAUUGGAGGUAAUCACUGCAUGUAAAUGCAACUCUUCACCUCCAUGGACGAGCAAGCAACUAUCAGGAAGGAUUGGUCCCAUCCCAAUAAUUGCCAGCUCAAUCCACGCAUAGGGUGCCAGUAAGAUGCCAGUGUCAUGUGCUGCCUCGGGGUGCAAAUCUAGGUACACUCUGGAGGCCAGAGAGAAAGGAAUAACAUUUCACAGGUUUCCAAGGUCAAAUCCUGCCUUGUUGGAUAAAUGGUGCCGCGCUAUGAAAAGAGCAACGAGCACAGGCGAGUUAUGGAUGCCUUCCAGAUACCAGCGACUGUGCAGCCUCCACUUUCAGCAAAGUUGCUUUGACACUACUGGGCAGACAAAGCGGUUAAGAGAUGAUGUCAUACCCAGCAUUUUCAAUUUUCCAGAAGACCCACAGAGGACUGAAGUAUCUGAAAACAAAGUUUUAGAGACAUCUACACAACCAUCUGACAUUCCUCUGCUAACUAAAACGGUAAAUGAAGAACUAGAAAAGGUCAGUGUACCGUCUAACGCAGAUGCGGGUGUGCACUGCCAAAUACAACUACAGGAUCAUCCAUAUUACAUUCCAGAUAUUGACACCCUAAAAAAGAAGCUCCAAGCAUCAGAAGAUUCAAGAGCACAAAAAGAGAAGGAACUUCGAAAUGCGAAAGACAGAGAGAAGCGUUUACGACAGACUUGUCAUAGUAUUUACUGUGAGCUUAUCAAGAGAAACUUGCUGAGCUCUGAGCUUCUGGACAUUCUCCAGCCUUACGAAGACAUUCCUCUGGAACGUUUCAAAAAGCCUGAAUCGGAGUACUCUGCCCAACAGCGCAUGUUUUCCCUGACGUUACAACUGAAUGACCCUCUGGUGUACAAAUACCUGAGGAAGGAAACCAAACUACCACUGCCAGGGCCAAGAAGACUCCGACAGUGGCUGAAGUCAGAUCAGGGAGGUCCUGGAAUAAAUACUUUAGCCCUGAAAGCAUUGAUCCAGAAGAAGCAAGCUCACCCGCAGUUGUACACCAAGGUGUCUCUUGCUUUGGGUACAUUUUCAAUCCAACAAAGUGUUGCUUAUGACUCGUGUAGAAAUGAACUUGUGGGUUUUGUGAACUUGGGCAAAGGAGGGUCUGGAAGUGGAAGCCAAGAUGUGGCUAAUGAAGUCCUGAUGUUCAUGCUUGGUGGAACAGUUGGUCACUGGAAUGUCCCUAUUGCCUAUUUUUAUGUUAAAUCAUUGACCCCACAAGCACAAAAGCAACUUCUUGCUCAUGUUUUGCAUGAGCUGUGCGAGAAGAGGUUUGAGGUAGUUGCUGUGUCAAUGGAUAGACAUCCACAUAAUGAAGAAAUGUGCACCAUGCUCGGAUGUACACUCACAGAUCCCUGGUCACUUCAGACACACUUCUCCUUGCCCAACAGAGAUUACAGACAUUAUGUUGUGUUUGAUGUGGGUAAUGAACUGCACAUAGUCAGCGACAUGAUAGAAGAGCUUGGUUCCAUCCAGAGUCCAGAAGGAGCAAUUACAUGGCAGUAUAUCACUGACUUGAUGAACCUGCCUAGAAUGUUUCGUCUUAUGAGGAACUUGGAGAUUGUGAAAAUGACACUGUUGUGUAAUAAGCUUAGUGAUACUGUUGCAAACGCACUGCAGUUUGUUCAGGAAUUAAAUCAGGAACACGGUCAUGAUUUACAGGCCAUUAUCAACUUUAUUCAGAUUAUUGGUAGACUAUUUGAUAUCUGCAAUAGCAGCAGUGUGCGGCUACAAGGUGACAAAAGCCCCAUAAAUCAGAACAACUUAGAGAAAAAACUCCAAGUCCUGCAAGAGACCCGUGAAUACUUAUUGACUCUUACAACAUGUGACAAUGAAUUCCUUUUCCAGUCCUCAAGGGCCCGGUGUACUGUCGGUCUCCUAGUAAAUAUUGCUUCUCUCAGCAAAUUGUUACCACGUCUAUUGAUGGAUCAUGACUGCAUCACUACCUCUAGGUUCAGGAGCCAUCACCUCAAAGCUUUUUUCAACUGUGUUAGACACAAAGGUGGUUCAGACGUAAGGCCUACAGCAUUUGAUGUAAAUCAAGCAAUAGAAAAGCUCUUCUCACAAUCUGGAUUUGUUGACCUCAGCUUUGUACAUACAAGUAUAGCACAGAGUUUGACUGGUUCCCUACAGCACAUUCCUUUUCCAUUUGAAGAAACCAGUAUUAAACUCCCCGGUCAUGUCUACCAGUCCUGCUUGUUGGACGUGACACUUGCUAAUUCCGAAAUGUACAUUGCAGGCUGGGUUGUAAGAGAAGCCUUUAAACAGCUAUCCUGUAAUAAGUGCAGAUGGGCUCUAGUGAGCAGUUGUACCCCGCAGGAUUUCACAAGCGCCUAUCACUUACUGCAAGUUAAUGGCGGUCUUGUGCAUUUUGUGCCAUCAAAUGGAGCACGGAGGACGGUGCAGACAGCAGAAAAAGAAUUGUAUUGUAUGCUGAAAUAUGGCAAAAGCAGUAUAUCUGCUCUGAUGCUGGAGCACCAUGUACUGUCCACGCUGGGACCCAAAGAUAUUUUCGACCUUAAGGAGCAUAUACCAGAGACUGAACUGGGCAUUGACAAUCAUCACUUUCAGCUAUUGCGUUUGGUAGCAUCUCUUUACUAUGCACUAAGGGAGCCCUACAUUGACAGUAUAAAGCAGGCAUAUCGUCGGAGAGCACGCGUGACGCAGACCCUAAGCAGGCCUUUUGUUUGAGCUUUAUUUCCAUUCAGACUUAUCAUCCACAUAAGAACCUGUCAGAUUGCAUUCAACCUCCAGCUGAAGCCAUUUUUUGUUGGUGGCGGCGGCAUUCUCACCCCUUUGAACAGGCAAGAUCCUUCAAAAGAUGCACUUUAUCAUACCUCACUGCCUUGUAUAAAUGACAUCUACGUGACUGCACACAUAGGUACAAAUAUAGAUCUACAAAAUAAACAGUCAACGUAGCAUUGGGAAAAAAGGAGCAGAUGUGGAUCAGUGUGUCGUUUCUGUAAAAGUGUAGUAAACGUGAUCGAAUCUACAUUCAUUUUUUCAUAAUGGCAGCUUUCUGUAUUUUCACCGAACCCCCACUGGUAGCUGACGCUCUGCUGUUGUCAUCAGUGCCAUA